GGUUAUUGACAUGCAUCUUUAAGUGAGAUGGGGACUCCUCCGGGCGGGAGAGGAGCAGCGGGCAGAGAUCCGCAGGCUCUUCAUUACUUUACCACACCUCGUUCCUUGUUCCGGAGGUUUCGUCCGAACUGAUCGCUCUGACCGUUCCCCUCUCCUCUCGCUGGAUUACGAAGGCCCUGUUCGUUGAGGCACAAGUCUAGAGGCACAAUGGCUCUUGUACCCGUCGCCGGCGCCAUUGCAGGCGCAGCCGCCGCCGCCGCCUAUCUCGAUGCCAAAUUUCACAUCUCCAAGGACAUUGACACCAUCCGCCUCACGCGCGCCAACGAGCGCGACUUCGCGAGACUGGGUGCGAAAGGCCGCGCGAGUCUAUGGUACUGGUUCGAGGCGCAGGUGCGCAGACUACCCGAAACCGAGGAGGCGAUCUGGUCGCGAACGGGAUGCUAUACAUGGCAAGAGACGUAUGCGCAGGCGUGCCGAUAUGGGAACUACUUCCUUGAGAAUGGCGUCAAGCCCGGUACACUUGUCACGUUUUAUCUGACGAACCAACCGGAGUUUAUUUUUGGGCAUCUGGGAUCUUGGGCAAUUGGGUCGGCGCCGGCCAUGAUCAAUCAUCAUCUUGCCGGAGAUGCGUUGAUCCAUUGUCUCAAGGUCAGUAAGGGGAAGUUGUUGAUUGUGGAUGAGGAUGCCGAGUGCAUUGAGAGGAUAGAGGCUGUGAGAGACAGGAUCGAAGGCGAGCUUGGCAUGACGAUCAGGAUUCUGGAUAAGAAUCUGAAGGGGGAGAUAUCGAGGAUGGAGCCGAAGAGGCCCGGGGACCACUAUAGGGCUGGCAUCAAGGGAGCGUUCCCCAUGUGUCUGUUCUACACCAGUGGUACGACGGGUCACCCCAAGGCAUGCCCUUUCGAGUGUCAAAGGGCAGGUUCAUUAGCAGGCGGUCGCGUCCGAACUCUGGAUCUCGAACCCGGCCCCAAGGGAGAUCGCUGGUACGUCUGCAUGCCCCUAUAUCACGGUACCGGAUGCACAACAGCAGUCGCCUGCAUGCUUUCUGGAGUCACACUUUGCAUUGGCAAGAAGUUCUCGACUUCCAGGUUCUGGUCCGACAUUCGCGACUCCAACUCCACGGCUUUCGUCUACGUCGGAGAGACAGCACGAUAUCUCCUCGCCAACCCACCCAGCGAACUGGACAAGAAGCAUAAGGUCCGCGUCAUGUUCGGAAACGGGAUGCGUCCGGACGUAUGGCAUCGCUUUGUCGAACGAUUCGGUAUCCAGACGGUUGCCGAGUUCUUCAACAGCACGGAGGGUGUCUUCGGUCUUCUCAAUGUCAGUAGAGGCCCAUUUACCGCGACUGCAGUGGGUCAUCAUGGCCUCAUCCUCCGCACCAUGCUCCGCAACACGUAUAUUCCCGUUGAGAUCGACCACGAGACGAACGCUAUCUGGCGGGAUCCCAAGACUGGUUUUGCCAAACGGAAGCCCUACGAAGAGGGCGGUGAGAUCAUCGUCCAGAUCCCCAAUGAGGAGGCCUUUGUCGGCUACUACGGUAACCCGGAGGCCACGCAGAAGAAAUUCGAACGCAACGUCUUCAAGAAGGGUGACCUCUUCUACCGCACCGGCGACGCCCUCCGCCGCACCCCGGAUGGACUCUGGUUCUUCCUUGAUCGUCUCGGUGACACCUUCCGCUGGAAGUCCGAGAACGUGAGCACGGCUGAAGUCAGCGAGGUCAUCGGAAACUUCCCCGGUGUCGUCGAAGCGAACGUCUACGGCGUGGAGGUUCCGGGACACGAUGGCCGUGCUGGUUGUGCUGCACUGUACAUUGACCCCGCGCAUCAGUCGACUUUCGACUUCAACGCCCUGCUCGAACACUGCAGCUCCAGGUUACCCAAAUAUGCGGUCCCUGUCUUCAUCCGUAUUCUGAACAACCUGACGACUAUGCACAAUAACAAGCAGAACAAGGUGCCGUUGAGAAACGACGGAUGCGAUCUGAAGAAGCUGAGGGAGAGGACGGAGAAGGAGGCUGCUGCGAAGGGAUUGGGCAAGGAGGAAAUCAAGUACGAUACCAUGUACUGGCGUCCUCAGGCACUUAGCAGUAUCAAGGGAGCUUUGGAGGACGAUCAGGGUUAUGUGUUGUACACGAUGGAGGACUGGGAAGGUUUGAAGAGGGAUGCGCCUGGCGCCAAGUUGUAAUAAGGUAUACAAAGGAUGCCGUGGUGGUCUCCCCAAUAGCUCGAGGUGCACUGAGUGAUUUGAUAGAAGAGUAGACUCAUUUUCGUAGGAGGCAUAUUUUGGAAUGACAUUGAUUUAAGGUUAGCCAGCCUGGCUUGGCGUGUUGUUUGCUAAGUAUUUGUAAUUAGCAGUUGCCCA